CCUAGCAGAAAACCGAUAGACAUCGACUCGUAGACCGAUAGCAAUGUGCUCUUACUUUACGUGGCAUCGCAGGAAUCGUCGCAUUACUGUAGCCCAGGUUUGAGCACCGACGUUGUGCGUCCGAUAAAAGCACAGAUCGCGCAUCAAAGGCUGCGAUGGCGCGCUGCGGCGAUCCGGUAUGAUUCGCUCGCCUGCGGGCAGCUGGCAUCAGCGGACGACAGACCAAGCCCCCCCUUGCGCUCAUCACAGCUAGCGCAAGUGUGUAGGAAUCGAUCAGAUGUGCUACUAGCCACCGACGCCAGGCAAGAUGCAGCUUGGCUCGAGAAGGCGGAUGUGGUUCCGGGCGUGGUGGCUCAUGUGGUGCCUCCUGGCACUUGUGGCCCUUGCCAGUCUCGCCAGCGGGGACAAGGCCAGCGGGAACGGUCCCACUUCUGCAAAGGCUCGCUCAGACGAUGACUCUGAGAGCAACAGUGAGAAGGAGACAAAGUUGCAGGCACCCGUUUCCGAAGUCCUCCUCCCAGCACUGCCAAGGACGAGCACUGGUGAAAGUGAUGACAAGGAGCCAUUGGGUCGGGAAGCUUCCAAAUCUAGCAGCAGUAACAACCGAUUUGAGCCAAUGUCUACCACGCGAACUGCAGAGGUGGCCAACAAGGACAGUGACUGAACAGGGGCAAAAACUGGAGAGAAAGGAAGGGGAGAUGUUGUCGAUGGCAGACGACGCUGCUGCGGAGCGGAAGACGGAGGAGAAACCUGUGGAGGACCAGACCCUUCCUCCUGCCAAAGGCGACGCUGAAUUGGACGCUGCUGCUGCUGCUGACGCACCUUCCACAAAAGCCACCGGCGUGACAACAUCACCGCCUGAGCCAGCUCCCAGAGAACUGACCGAAGAGGAACAGAGAGCAAACAGCCUCUACGAAGCGGCAAAGGCAUUGCUGAACUCAACGGACUCUGACAGGAAAAAAGCCUACGAACUCUUGGAGGAAGCAGCUGACCUUGGCCACGCGGCAUCCCAGGAAUCCAUCGGCGAGGCGUACCUGUUUGGCGAGGGGGUCCCUCAGAAUGUCACCAAGGCUCGGCUCUACUUCGAGGCCCUGGCUUCGGUGGGCUCACCGACGGGCCAGAUGUACCUCGGCUUCAUCUAUGCCGUCGGCUUGGGGGUCAACUCGAGCCAAGCCAAGGCGCUUGUGUACUAUACCUUUGGUGCCCUGGGUGGCAACCCAUUUGCCCAAAUGGCCCUGGGUUACCGGUACUGGUUCGGUACCAGCGUGCUCUCAAGCUGUGAGGCAUCACUGACCUACUAUCGGAAGGUGGCCAAAGUUGUGGAGCACGACGUCAACAAGGGCGGCUCAACUGUGAUUCAACGAAUUCGACUUUUAGAUGAGAUUGAAAACCCUGGCUCAUCGUCAGGACUCAUCGAUGACGACCUAAUCCAGUACUACCAGUUCCUCGCCGAUAAAGGAGAUGUGCAGGCUCAAGUGGGCCUGGGCCAGCUGCACUACCAGGGUGGCCGGGGUGUGGAGCAAGACCACUCGCGUGCCCUGGGCUACUUCACACAGGCGGCCAACACGGGCAAUGCCAACGCCAUGGCCUUCCUGGGCAAGAUGUUCCUCGAGGGGGGCUCGGUCGUGCCCCAGAGCAACGAGACGGCCUUCAAGUACUUCUCCAUGGCUGCUGAGAAGGGCAACGCUGUGGGGCAAAGUGGCCUUGGACUCAUGUACCUGCAUGGCAAAGGCGUUGAAAAGGACUAUCAGAAGGCAUUCAAGUACUUCACGCUUGCCUCAAACCAAGGAUGGGUGGACGGCCAGCUUCAACUGGGCAACAUGUACUACAAUGGGCUGGGUGUGCUGCGCGACUUCAAGAUGGCCAUCAAGUACUACACGCUGGCGUCCCAGUCGGGCCAUGUGCUCGCCUUCUACAACCUGGCACAGAUGCAUGCCACGGGCACGGGCACAGUGCGAUCGUGCAGCACUGCCGUUGAGCUCUUCAAGAACGUGGCGGAGCGCGGCCGGUGGAGCGAGAAGCUGAUGCAGGCGUACUCCGACUACCGGGACGGCCGAGUGGACGCCGCCCUUGUGAAGUACGCGUUCCUCGCCGAGCUCGGCUACGAGGUGGCACAGAGCAACUCAGCCUUCAUCCUGGACAGAGGUGAAAGCAAGUACUUCCCGAAAAAUGAGACCUUCGCCUGGGCCCUGCUGUUCUGGAACCGAGCUGCGACACAAGGUUACUCGGUGGCACGGGUGAAGCUGGGCGACUACCACUACUAUGGCUACGGCACGAACAUCGACUACGAGACGGCCGCCACCCACUAUCGCAUGGCCUCCGAGCAGCAGCACAAUGCGCAGGCCAUGUUUAAUCUCGGCUACAUGCACGAGCAAGGGCUGGGCUUGAAGAAGGACAUCCACUUGGCCAAACGCUACUACGACAUGGCCGCUGAGACAAGCGCUGACGCCCAGCUACCCGUCGCCCUGGCGCUCGUAAAGCUCGGUCUGCUGUAUGGGUUUGCUUACCUCAAAGAGCAACAGUGGGACAAGCUGCUGCCCAAGUUCAGCCCAAGCGAUGCGCUCGGUCCCGACUGGGACCUGUAUGUCAUGACCGUGAUGGCUAUUCUCCUCGGCGUGCUGGUCUACUUCAGGCGGGCGUGAAGAACCUUGUCCAAUCAGGAGAUGCCGUUCUGACGGACUCUUCAGGUGCCGCGCAACAACCACGCGGGUGUGCGUCACGUGACUUACGGUGUUCUUGUUUUUCCCGAACUGCAAAAACCAACAAAACUGCUACUACUAGUCGUCCGGGGUGCCGUUUCCCUUCGAAGCUCAAAACCUGUGUGCGCGUUGCAAAAAAAAAAAAAAAAAGUGGCCGUUCCAAGAACUUUUCUUUUGCACGUGAUAGCUGAAGAAGAAGCCCAUGGUCUUCGUGUGUUGUUUUGCAUUGGAGCAACAUAGAAAGGGACUGUCGUCAUCAUCAAGGGUGUUGGGAUGGGAGGGGGGUGGUAAAUUUUGUUUUCGAUUUUUUUCUGUCUGUCCUCAAACGAGGGCAGCCAUUUUUAGUUGCACGGACAGUAUUGUCGUGUUGUUUCAAAAGUUGCGAGAUUAAAAAAAAAAGACCAGAGA